AUAAUUUAUUGUAAACUAAAACCCUUAUAAAAGAAUUUUCGGAAAAGAAUACAGACCAUCAUCAAUUUUCUCCGAUAAUUAUCUUUUAUUUCGAAGAUUUGCCAUUUUAUCUGCUGUCCAAGUUCCAAGGCUUAAUUUUCCACUUCAAUUUUAGCUCAAACAAGGGUUUUGUUGGCUCGAGCCUCGAGAACGAAGAAGCGUUCAUCUUGAGAGGUUUUCAUGGAUCGACUCAGUGAGUUGCCGGACUCGAUAAUAUUUCACAUAUUUUGGUCGUUGCCUAUGACCGAUGUUGUUGGGACAACGUUUCUGUCGAAGCGCUGGAAAAACCUUUGGACCACCGCACCCUACCUUAAUUUCGACAAUGAUGCUAUGGGGUUUGAUGAUGAUACAAAGCUUCAAAACUUCGUUAAUCGGGCCUUAUUGCGCUGGAAUGGGGUAAGGCUUCUGAAAUUCAAGUUCAAAUCGGCUUAUGAGUUUGAUGAGUCCAUGUGUUUGGGUACUGAUUUGUGGCUUCAAUUUGCCAAGGAUAAGGAGGUCGAAGAAUUGUACUUACAUAUUCGUUAUAUUAUAAAUGAUAAUGACGACAUAUACUGGAUGCCGCAGGGUGUAUACUCAUGCUCAUCGCUUAAAGUGUUAUCGUUUACGGGUUGUAACUUGAGAGUUUAUGGGAAUGUGCAGUGGAAUCAACUCAAAAGUUUAACAAUUAUUAAUGGUUUUGGGGUCACUGAACAUGUGAUUAACCAAAUAUUAUGUGGUAGUCCUCGGUUGGAAGUCUUGAUCUUGUCUUUUGCAGAUAGAGGUGAAAACUUGUGUAUCCGAUCUACUAGUUUGAAAGUGUUGUCGAUUUUCAAGUUUUAUGAUUGGAGUAAAGAUCUAUGUUGGGAUUCAGAACUGAGAAUUUGCACCCCAAAUCUUGAAACCUUGAAAAUUCAAGGAGCUACAUAUAAAAAGUGUUUGUUGGUGAAUGUCUCAUCUUUAACCCAUGCAACUCUUGCGUUUUUUGGUCUACAUGGAUCUGAUAAAUAUGAAUCCUUUCCUGGGAUGGACAUUGAGCAUGGCUUGUUUACCCCGGACGAUUUGCUGGGAGACGCGUUCUGUCGAAUUCUCUCAACCAUCCAACAUGUUGAAAACGUCGCAUUAAUGUUCUGUUGCAGCAAGGUGCUUGGAGCUAUGACAAAGAGAUGCAUGAAUUCCUCUUUUCCUAAUGUCAAGUCCUUGCAACUUGGAUUUUGUUUCAAUGACAAACUAUUAGUAGGUCUACUUGAGAGUUUCCCUCAAUUAAAGAAGUUAGUCCUUAAAUGUAGAGUAGGGAUACAUGAAAACCAAGAGUCACUCAACUUUGAUGCCAAGAGCUCCCUCAAGUUUGAAGCAUAUCCUCCCAAGUCCUUUCUGCAGUUGAGGACAGUUGAGGUUAAUUGGUUUGAGGAUGACAACAUAUUUCCAUUUCUAGAGUUUCUGUUAAAAUACGCGAGCAAUCUAGAAAAGCUGGUGUUCAGAGUAGAAGGAAUCAUGCCAUCUCAACCUCCAUCAAAAUCUUUGUUUUUGGCAUCACAGAAACUGCUGAGAAUGCCAAGAUCCUCCCCAACUGCUCAAUUGAUUUUCUGUGAAAUAUUGAUCUUACCAAGUUAUGUCUCUAAUCAUAGGAAUGCCACAUGACUCCAAGUAACUAGCUGAUUGUCUUCUUGGACGGGUAAUAGCGUUUGUCGUACAUUUUCUGUAAAUAUUUUGCAAUGACGGCAUUAUGCUCCGAGUUGGAUUUUACUUUUCUUUAACCCUGUUUCAGUUUUUGUUACCUUGUUUGUUUCAUUUUGUUGUUGUAUUUUGCUUAUUCAGGGCAGUAGAGCAGUUCGACACUUUUGGAUGAAUUUCUUAGUGCUAUGAAUGAAACCUCAUGAACUGCACAAUUUACUUUUUUGAA